UCUGUAUUAAAACCUAGAGUGAAAAGCAAUUACUAUAUUUAAGGCUGUAAUCAAGCUCACAAUAGUGCUACCCAAAAUGUAUUAAAAAAGUUGCCACAAAAGAAAAAGCCAUGCCAAAUACCUAGAAUCAAGUGCAAACACCCAUAAGUCAAGCCAACCCACAACAACAUCCACAAGUGUCCAAAACUAACCACGUACCAACUCACCCACCCUCCUGCACACCGCCAUGUUAGGCAGCAGGAGCCCCCCAUCGUACAAACAACUCGCAACGGGAACGGGGGGCUCCGCCAGCGCCUCCACUUUCAGUUCCAGUUCGAGUUCCACUUCAAAGUCGUGCAGCAACAGCUCCCAAAGCGGUCAUCACUAUCAACAGGCCUACGUGGGCCAUUCCCACACCUGUUACCACCAUCAGCAGCAGCAGCAACAGCAGCAGCAGCAACAGCAUCAUCAUCAUCAUCAUCCUAGUCACGCCCACGGGAGCCGCACCUCGCUGACGCCUACGAUGAAGCGCGGCAAGAAAAACUGGGGCAGUCGUGAGAGAUCAAGCAUGAGUUUUCUGAUUGUCAUUCUCUUUUUUGCUGUCUUUGGCCUCAUCAUUUUAACAGAGGUAUUCAUGAUCGAUGAACGCUCCCACAGCGGCUUGAUGGCUAUGAGGGCGGGCGGUGGGGGUGGCGCCAGCCUGGGCGGCCGCAUCGGCGACUCGAUGCCAGAUUAUGAUAAUGUUAAGGACGACUACGAUCUGGAUGACAGCAUUUUGGGUGAUAAUAAAUUAGGUUUUAUACAGUUUCGUGACAAUAAACUUAAAAUUCAAGAUGCCGCAGGCGUCGACGGUCAACAUCCCCGCUAUGCGGGCAUGAUGCUCAAUGGCGCUGUCGGAGCAGCAGGAGUGGGUGGAGGAGCUGGAAUCGGUGCUGGCGCCUUUGGUGUGGGUGUUGCUGGCGGUGGCAACGGCCUCAACAUGCCAUUGAUACCCUGGGGCCAACUGCUGCCCGCCAAGGUGGAGGAGACACUGCCACAUUUUCCAUUUGGCACCGCGCCCAGUGACGGCGCCUGGCAGGUUGUCAAUGGGACCCGCUUCAAGUUCUUUGUCUACUCCGCCUACUUUGAUCGGCGAGAUGGAGCCCGCCUUGUGCGCGUCGUGGGCGCAACCAAAACACGUGGACCAGAGCGCGUCUGGUGCCGAUUUUGGUAUGGACCAACGACACACAACAGCAGCGAGGCAUCCUCAUCCGCAGCACGUGCCAAGUACACCUCAGCCACGGUAAUGGCUCGCGUCAAGAUCAUUCGAGAGAACUGGAAUCUUAAGUACAGCGCCUGCUUUGUUUUGUGUCCGGUGCGUGCCCCAUUGUUGGAUGUGCCCCAAUAUGUCAGCGUUGUUUCCAGAUUGAGGGCACCGCCUGGCAAUUUAAUAACGUUGCGCAACACGGAUCAGGAUGUGGACUUUGCGGCGUCCUCUAGCAAUGGAAGUGCCACUGGCCCCAAUCGGCGACCCUUGCCGCAUGCACCACCCAGCGGCGAUCAGAUACCGGAUCGCAUGGCCGUUUGUGUGAAACCGUUUCAUUUCAGCUAUGACCAGGCGCUGUAUCUGAUGGAGUACCUGGAGUUCUAUGCACUGCUGGGCGUGUCACACUUCACCUUCUACAAUCACACGCUCGGCCCGCACGCUUCCUGUGUGCUGCAGAGCUAUCAACGUGGUCAGGUCCCUGGCAAUCUAACGGCCUUCGACUGGGAGCCUCUGCAGCCGGCCGAGGCGGCCAACAAUGCAACGCCGCGUGUGCUUAAAUCGUUGCACUACCAGAGACCCACUGUCAGCAUUUUACCCUGGAAUUUGCGCAUGCGCUCUCAGAAGGAGAUACGCACCGAGGGCCUAUUCGCUGCUCUCAAUGAUUGCCUCUACAGGACAAUGUAUCGCUAUAAGUAUUUGGCUCUGGUCGAUCUGGAUGAGUUCAUCGUGCCGCGCUACACGGACACGCUCAACGAUUUGCUAAGCUCUCUUAAUCAGCGCUUUCGUAAUCGCAACACUGGCGCCUAUUCGUUUCAAAAUGCCUUCUACUAUCUGCAGUUUGCCGAUGAUCCGCUGGCCAGUUCGGGCAUAUCGGGUGGCAAUGAUCAGCUGGGCAGUGUGCGUGCCUCCUUGGUUACGCAACGCAAGACUCGCAGGCGCUACAAACUGCAUCCGCAGAAGCAGCGCUCCAAAUACAUAUGCAAGCCAGAAGCAGUGGUUGAGGCGGGCAAUCAUUUUGUUUGGGAAUUUUCGCCAGGAAUGGGAUCGUUGAAUGUGCCACCAAAGGAGGCCAUUUUGCAACAUUAUCGAGUUUGUGAAUUCGGAGGCAAUGAUUGCAUUAAGGCGCCCUCAAUUUUGGAUCGCACCACAACCAAGUACGUGAAUCGCUUGGUGCAGCGCGUCGAUGCCGUUUAUCGACAUUUGCGACAACGUUGCGAUCUGCCCGCACUGCCCACGAUACCGAGACGGGCCAAUGCCCAAGCGGACCAGCAGCACAACGAGAAGCCAAAGUUACUACAGCAAAUGCGUGAAUUGAAUGCACUCAAAACGAACGAGCAGCUCAAGGAACAAACGAGUGCCACAACGAAGCAACCGCAGCUGGAGCAGCAGCAGCAGCAGCAGCAGCAAGAGCAAGAGCAACCAAAGGCAACGAUAAGGAAGAUGACGACGACAACAACAACGACAAGGACGACACAGAUAAAGCAGCGAAAUAACGGUAAUAGCAAUGGCAACAGCAAAGCACAGAAUCCACUCAAAGCAGCAAGCACAGCCAGCACAGCGAGCGCAGUGACAAGGACAACAACAACGGAUGCCAAGCAGCUGGCGCCACCGGCAAGUGUGCGAAAGAAACGGAAGAUGAUCGUCUUUGAGCUAAAUGAUAUGGGUGCUCCGAUAGCACGUGUGGAAUACCACUGAGAUGAAAUCGAACUGAUUGGCGAUAUAGUGAGUCACGCGUGAGUCGUGAGAGUGCGUGAGUGCGUGAGUCGUGUGCCAAUUACGAUUAGUUGAGUUUUAGCAGCGAAGAAAGCAGAGCUUGAAUAUUUUGAGAAUAGAUUUUAGUGUUUGGGUUGUGCUUCAGAGCGGUUGUUGUAUUACAUUUUGCUCAAUGUCAUAUCAAAUUUGGAAAAUGCGAGAGAACAAUACCAAAAAAGUCCAUUCAACGAAUAAAACUCUCAUUGUUUUUUAAUUUUGUAUGACAGUUAACCAUAUGAUUUUAUUUACCUUUCGUAUACUAAAUAAUGAGCAUUUAAAUUAACUUAAUUCAUUGGUCUGUUGUUUUGGUCAUCCUAAAAAUAACUUUAAAUAGAAUACAUACAAAAUUAUUCCUAUGCAAAAUUCUGAAAAUUCCUAAUAAUAAAGUCAAACUGUUAGCCUAAGUUUAGUGUAAGCGCCCAAAAUUCAAAGACAAAAGCCCCAAAUACUGUUAGUUGUACGUAUAUAUAUAUAUAGA